AUGAGAUAUAAUACAUAUUAAAGAAGCAAUAGUCCUACAAACAGAACUCAUUUAUUGAACAUUUCUUCUAAAUUUACAGGCACAGGAGGAAAUUCUUCAUCAUUAGCUCCUAAAAAGUAAUAAUUGAUUCCCAAAGUUAAGAAAACAGGGAUUUUUGAAGCUUAAGCAAUUGUUUAAUAAGAAGUUAAUUUAUUUACAAAAUAUUAUGAUAGAGGCGAUUUACCAAUUGCAGUUAGUUUUCUUGGUGCGAAUCGUAAAUUAACAUGGAAAAUGGAACCUGAAAGUCUUGAUUAUCAUUUGUAUUUACCAAUUUUUUUCGAAGGACUUCGUGAAACAAAAGAACCUUAUAAAUUUUUAGCUGAUUAAGGAUGUGAAGAAUUAUUGGCGAGAGGCGGUUCUAAAAUAUUUGCAGUUUUACCUCAAUUAAUUAUUCCAAUAAAAAAGGCUUUAGCAACUAAAAAUCAUACUAUUAUGUGUAAUACUUUAAAAAAAAUACAAAAACUUGUAGUUUCUAGUGAUAUGAUUGGAGAAGCUUUAGUUCCUUAUUACAGACAAAUUUUACCUGUUAUGAAUUUGUUCAAAGGAAAAAGAUUAAAUAUAGGAGAUAAAAUUGAUUAUUCAUAAAGAAAAAAUGAAAAUUUAUCUGAUUUAAUCUAAGAAACUUUAGAAAUUUUAGAAAAAUAUGGUGGUGAAGAUGCUUAUAUUAACAUAAAAUAUAUGAUACCAACAUAUGAAAGCUGUAUGUUUUGA